AUGGCUUCUAAUCAGGUGGACGACCAGCUUCCAACCGACGUAGAGGAGCACAACGAACCCGGACUUUUGCACUUCCCUAACUUCAAGAACUCAUAUGCUGGCGAGUACGAAUGUCGCGGCUACCGUAACAACGAGUUGAUUGCGUCAAGUUCCGUUCAAGUGUAUCCAGCCACCGAUGACACAGAAGAAGUCAAGGUCGAGAUCGAGCCGCCUCGUGUGCGAAUUGUAUCGCAAGGAGAGUCCAUCGUGCUCAAGUGUGGUGUCGAAGAUCCAAAAUCGCGUGUAAUUUGGUGGCGUACUGAAAAUCUCAUUGAUGCCUUAAUGGUCGGAUCAACACAAUUCCUUCAUCUACACAGUGUUGAUGUGUGUGAACGUGGAAUCUACUAUUGCACCGAUGAAUCCACUAACUACGGCUAUCCUCAUUCGGUUAACACUCUCGUCGUUCUCCAGCACUCACUACUCGGUGCUAAGAAUGGUGCACACUUCGAAUGGGCACUAUUACGAGGAGGAAACAUCGUACGAAAACUUGGCAAUGAAGCAACACUUCACAUAAAAGGCGCCGAUCCAUCGAACGAUUACGGAGUGUACAGAUGUAACGUCGAAGACGAUAAUGGCGUCGUCAUUGGAAGCGCCUAUACCGCCGUCAGCGUCGGCUACAGUGGACAGAGCAAUGCUCAAGUGGUCAAAUUCGACGAAAAGUCCGAUGCUUCUUUCACCUGUCCGAUCUACUCCGUUCCCGGAUCUAAGGUCGAGUGGUCCCGAGUGGAUGGCGAUCUCCCACCCAACGCAGUUCCCAACGGAAACAGACUUGAGUAA